AUGCAUAUCCCUAAUAUCUCCCUACUCCCCCUCUCCCUUGUACUCUUCACAGCCAUCCCCUCGCUCGCUCAGACAUCCACAUCAUGUGAUCCUACCAAGAAGUCCUGCCCAGCAGACGUGGCCCUCUCGUCAUCCACCUACACGCACGACUUCACCACCGGUGCCGACGACGAGAACUGGAAAGUCACCGCUGGCGACAUAUCCUACACUAGCAAAGGCGCAGAGUUCACAAUCAAGAAAGCUGGCGAUGCACCGACUAUACAAUCGAACUGGUACAUUUUCUUCGGCAGCGUGAGCUUUCUUAUGACAGCUGCGCCGGGCAAGGGGGUGGUGAGCAGUGCGAUUCUGGAGAGUGAUGAUUUGGAUGAGGUGGAUUGGGAGUGGUUAGGUGGAGAGGGAGAGAAUGUUCAGACAAACUACUUUGGAAAAGGCAACACAACAACCCACGACCGCGAAGCAGACGCCGCCGUUACCGAUACCCAGGGUACAACGCACAACUACACCAUCCAUUGGACAUCCUCGCAAACCUCUUGGCUCGUUGACAACGUCGUCGUACGCACCCUACAGUUCGCCGAUGCAAACGGAGGAAGCAACUAUCCGCAAACACCUAUGAACGUUCGUAUCGGUAUCUGGGCUGGUGGCGACCCAAACAAUGCCGAGGGAACCAUUGAGUGGGCUGGUGGUGAGACGGACUACAGUCAGGCUCCUUUCACGAUGGUAUUGGAGAAAGUAGAAGUGAGGAACGAGAAUCCGGGGAGUAGCUACUCGUACGGCGAUAUGAGUGGGGAGUUUGGCAGUAUCGUCGUUGAUGGAGGAAAUGGUAAUGCGAAGAAGAGUGGGGCCGAAGAUGGAACAAAGGCUUCCUCUGCUUCUGCUUCCGCUUCCGCUUCUGCUUCUGCUAGCCCAUCGGCCACAGUAAAUGUAAAUGGAGGUGUUGUGGGUGGCGAGUGGGCUACGGAAACGAGCAAUAGUACAGGAACCGCGAGUACAGCAGGCAUGACGAGUAUGGCGAGUGCUACGGGAACUGCUACGAGGAGUGCCGCGGUGGUUGAGAACACUGCUGAGUCGGGUGCUGCGGCGGGCAGUGCCUUUGGAGGAUAUUCCGUUCUGCUCGGUGCUAUGGUGGCAAUGUUGUGGAUUUAG